UUGGAUCGUUACAUUCACUCAUUCUAAUUCCUCACUCACUAUAUAAAGACACGUCCUCCUCCAUUCUUCAUCAUCACAGUUCACCAUUUUCAACAACAACACACAAAUCAUCUCUCUCUCUCUCUAACUUUCUCUCUCACUUAACAAGAACAAUAAAAACAUUCACACGAAUUACAGAAAUGGCGGCACUCUCACCAAUGAACUUGAACACAAUUGACACUGACUUCCAAGUUGACAAACUCACCUACGAAAUAUUCUCCAUCUUGGAGAACAAAUUCCUCUUCGGCUAUACCGACACCGAAAAUCCAAAGAAUUCGCUUCCAAAUCAAGCUCAAUUUCAAUCUAAAGAUAUUAAAUCUGCUAAACACGCCGCAGGAAAGGUCAGAAUCCUCUGCAUUGACGGCGCCGGCGCCACCGACGGUAUCCUCGCCGCAAAGUCACUUGCAAAUCUCGAAUCCUGCCUCAAACGCAAAUCAGGAAACCCUAAUGCACAUGUUUCUAGUUUCUUCGACGCCGUUGCCGGCUCUGGUGUCGGUGGCGUACUGGCCGCGCUGCUUUUCACCCGCGGAAAGGACGGACUACCUAUGUUUACAGCUGAUGAGGCGGUGAAAUUCCUGAUCGACAACCGCCGCAAAAUCUCCCAUCGAUCGGGGAUUCUCCGGAGAGUUCUCCGACCGGAAACAAAAUCAGAGAAGCUUUUCCGAAAGACGUUCGGUGAAUCCACGCUGAAGGAUACUCUGAAACCGGUUUUGAUCCCCUGCUACGACCUUGUCACGCGCUCUCCGUUUGUUUUCUCCCGCGCCGACGCGCUCGAAAUCGACGGAUACGAUUUCAAGAUGCGCGAUGUGUGUGCUGCCACAUCAGCUGAUCCAGCUUUCGCGGGGCCCAUUGAGAUGAAGUCCAUCGACGGGAAGACGAAGAUUUUGGCCGUUGAUGGAGGAGUCGCUAUGAACAAUCCAACGGCUACAGCUGUCACACACGUGCUUAAUAACAAAAACGAGUUUCCGUUUUGUAACGGCGUCUCUGACUUGUUGGUACUUUCCCUCGGUAAUGGAGACUCAGACUUUAAUGCUGUUAAAUCUCCGUCAGGUUUCGUUAGGAUCGCUGGUGAAGGAGCUUCCGAUAUGGUUGAUCAAGCUGUAUCAAUGGCAUUUGGAGAGUAUAGGGUAAGCAAUUAUGUACGGAUUCAAUCAAAUGGGGUAAUGUCUAAGGCAAAUCAAGGGAAGAAAGCAAAAACAGGAUCAGAUUUGUUGGCUGUUUCAGAGGAAAUGUUGGCACAAAAGAAUGUGGAAUCUGUAUUGUUUAAAGGAAGGAAGAUUGUGGAGAAUACAAAUUUGGAUAAGUUAGAGUUGUUUGGGGGAGAAUUGAUAAAGGAACAAGAGAGGAGAAAAACAAGCAUUUUGCCAACUGUGGUGUUGAAGAAUGCUUCUCCUUCUCCUAGAACUUCAUCUGCUACUACUUUGUCAACUUCAUCUUCAAGCUCUUAGAUCAUUCAAGAGAGGAAACAAUUAGAGGGAAGAUAAUCUAAAAAUUAGAUUUUAUUGUGGGGUUAAUUAAUUUUCAUAUAUGUGAGUUAUUUAAAAUUUAAAAUUUAAAACUUAAAAGUCUUGUGGUUUUGGACUAGCUGCCGCUUGAGAUCGAUUAAGAAAAUUGGGUCUGAGCUGUGCAGUGCUGAAUCCUCAACACUACUGCUACCUAAAUUUUUUUGUUAUCUUUAUUUAGUUUUUGGUAUAUAUUACUUGUAUUUUAGUGAUAGUGAUUUGUGCAUAUGGAUAUUGUCAAAGGAUGAAUUUUGUACAAGGUUAGAGUUGUGUUUGAUUUGUGAGAAUUAGAUUGUAAUGUUCGCUCAAAAUGUCUGAUCUGAUUGGUAUUGUGACUAAAUGUGGAAACAUUGAUUCUGGAUUUGAUGCAUACUAGUAUUAUACUAUCAAA